UUUAACCCGGGUCACCAAUACUUAGCACAACAGGGAAGCAGCGAAGAUCAUUCUAAAAAUUGUAGAUUCAGCAAAUGUGUGUCGUUGUAUCAAAUAUUUCCUUCCUGAGAUGCAGCUGAUUGGGUUUCUGUUUCUUCUUGUCCCUCGUCUGCAUGUACCAGUUGGCUUGACGCGACGUCAUGGAGUCAUACCGGAGGGACUCACUAAGAAGAAUCCGGAGAAACAGCAGAAGUCUCCUGCAAGAUCUAUUUUCAGUCCCCAGCGUAGGCAAAAUGACACCCGUGGGUGUUUUCUCUGAUCCAGUCUGUCAAUUCUGCAUCAACACACAAACCUGGACUCUCCUCACCUCGUGUUGUGUUCAUCAGAUCCCAGGUCAAUCCAGUAGACCUGCUAAAACCAUCCAGUCUGUUGCCGGUUUGCUCAGAAGAGAGAGCAAGCUCCUCCUCCAUUGUCCUGACAGCGCGGACUAUUCUCCUCCAGCUGACGGAGACGACAUUUACCUCCCAGUCAUCCCCAGAAAGGUCUCUAGCCUUUCGUCAGUCAAAGGCAGCCUGAGUCAGUCCUGCCCUUAUCUCCACCAGCACAAAAGAAGAGAAUCCGUCUCUUCUGUCAGCUCUCUGAGAACUGGAGGUCACAGUACCAAACAGAGCUACCUGAAUGCGCAAAGAGAGGCAAAGAAAUCCAACGUCACCGUGACCAUGACAUACCUCGGUCCAGGUGUUAGGAGGACACGGACGGGGUCAGUGCCUGAUGAACUUAAAGUGCUCCAGCAAGUCAACGGAGGAGAGAACAUCUGCGUCUUUAAGGGCUUGGUGACUCUGGGAGGUUUUCCUUUACAUGUAACUAAUCGUGGCGGCCCGCCGUGGCAAAAUAAAAGCUGCCACACCUCAAAAAUGUUUUUUUCACGUGGAAAAUAAAUAAUGUAAUAUGAUGUAUUGUAGCGUCCAG